GGUCGCGGGGCGGGGAUGUCGGCGGCGCCGGGCCCGGAGCGGCCGCAGGUGGUGUCGCACGCCCAGCAGGCGCUCAGCUACACCGUGUUCGACUGCAAGUGGGUGCCCCGCAGCGCCCGCCUGCUGUGCCUGGGCAGCGCCGCCCGCGGCACCGGCCUCGUCCAGCUCUACGAGCUGCGGGGGGGCCGCCUGGAGCUGCUGCGGGAGAUUGAAAAGCCCAAACCUAUAAAAUGUGGAACUUUUGGAGCUACAUCUCUGCAGCAAAGAUACUUAGCUACAGGAGAUUUCGAUGGAAACCUUAACAUAUGGAAUUUAGAAGCUCCUGAAAUACCAGUGUAUUCUGUGAAAGGUCAUAAGGAAAUCAUAAACAGUAUAGAUGGUGUAGGUGGCUUAGGAAUUGGGGAAGGUGCACCAGAAAUUGUGACUGGCAGUCGAGAUGGAACUGUGAAGGUGUGGGACCCGAGGCAGAAAGACACUCCUGUGGCUAAUAUGGAACCUGUACAGGGGGAGAGCAAAAGAGACUGCUGGACAGUGGCAUUUGGCAAUGCUUACAACCAGGAGGAACGUGUUGUAUGUGCUGGAUACGACAACGGGGACAUCAAACUGUUUGAUUUAAAAACCAUGUCACUGCGGUGGGAGACCAACAUUAAGAACGGGGUUUGCAGUGUGGAGUUUGACAGAAAAGAUAUAAACAUGAACAAGCUGGUGGCCACAUCACUUGAGGGAAAGUUCCAUGUUUUUGAUAUGAGAACUCAGCAUCCAACCAAAGGUUUCGCUUCUGUUUCAGAGAAGGCACAAAAAUCUACUAUAUGGCAGGUCAGGCACCUGCCACAGAACAGAGAUAUAUUUAUGACAAGUGGAGGAUCUGGGAGCCUUCAUCUCUGGAAAUAUGAGUACCCGGCUCAGCGCUCCAAGAAGGAUUCGGAAGGAGCCGAGAUGGGGGUGGCAGGGUCUGUCAGUCUCUUGCAGAACGUGACUCUGUCAACACAGCCCAUCUCCAGCCUGGACUGGAGCCCUGACAAAAAGGGACUGUGUGUCUGUGGGGCCUUUGACCAAACUGUGAGGGUGCUGAUAGUUACAAAGCUUAACAAAAUUUGACAGCAAAACCAGAAUUUCUGACAAGAAAGCAGCAGAGUUUGCAGGCUGUAAAUAUGGGAUGGGGAGCCCUUCUGUUUCUAAUUUAAUUUCUCCCUUAAUAAAACUGGAUUAAAGAAAUAGAAACCAGAUCUUUCUAUUGAAAGUUCAGAUGUGUGCAGUUAAGAGUUGUUUGACUGAUUGUGCUGUGAUGACUUGAAGUUGCCUGGGCACAAAACUUUUACCUUCUGGAAAUGUGAAUUUACACUAAAAGUAAAAUGUGCCUUUGUGUUAAUGCAACUCUGUAAUUUCAGAGUUCACUUUAGUUUGUGUUCAGUUUAUCCACAGUGCAGAUAUCUUCACUCUUGUUAAAUGGUUUGUCUUUUUUUAUUUGUAGUGUUGCCCGUGUGCAUUCAUGCAAUGGGAACUACUGUAUAGUCCCUCACAGAAACUCCUUGUGCUAUUGGAUUUACUAAUUAGAAUGUUUGUUAAAGCGACUUAGGAUUCUUUAAUACACUAGAGAAAUUACAACAAAUGCUGAAAUUAAACUCAUGUUUAUUGGAGUAAGCUUUUUAUUGAAGCUCUUACAGGAAUUUAAACAUUGAGGAAAAUGCACUGUUUUAUUAUUUUAGUUUGGUUUCAUAGUAAGUUUUUAUGUUCUGUUGUUUUUACCUCUGUUUGCAACUUGGUAUUCUACAAAUAAAGUUAUAUGGAGUGUUGUCUUAAUAUGAACAAAGUAUAUUAUUCAGACAUACAGAGAUUUAGAAAAGGAAUGUACUUGCAUAGGUUUGCAAGAACUUCACUCACUUUACAACAAAAGUUGCUAAAACUUACCUCCAUGAAAAACUUUAAAAGGUAGCAAAAGUACUGUCUAUUUAAUUUGUAUAGAUUCAGUAUUUCUUCAGAACCCAAUUUUGAAAUCUAUUGUUAUUGUAGUUAUAAGUCCUGUUACUUCUCUCCAAUGAGUUUCUUUUCUGAUUUUACCAGUGUCUGCUGUUGCCAGUUCUUUUUAUCAGGCACAUCCAGUUACUGUCCUCUAUUUGUGGAUGUAGGAUGGGAGUUUUCUUAAUUUCAGCGAAUUUUGUUUGUCACUUCUUGGUCUGGCAUUAGCUUUCAGCUGACCUGUAGGUGCAUAGACAAAUUUCCAAUGAAAGUAUUUAUUUCUGAAACCAGAUUGUGAUGGGAAAACAUUGGCUUUGUCCAGGUUAACAACAGAAAAGGCCCUGUGUGGCCAUUUCCUUGUGUAUUGUCAGUCAGCUCUGAUGUGGAGAGCGUGAGGUGACAAGCUUUGGACAGAGAGACUUCAGGUGUUUUCUCUCAUCUGAGACUGCAGCUAAAUACAAGUGUGAUAAAGUUGUCCUUGCUAACUCCUGGCUAUCUUAAUUGAUUAAACCAACUGAGGAAAAAGAGGCACUUGUUGGUAGAAAAGGCUAUAAAACCUUAAACCCUGUGUAACAGAGAAAUCCUUCAUGCUUGUGUAGCAGAGGGUGGGCAGGAGGAGAACUGCAAUAGACCGCAAACCCAGUGCAUCUGUGGAAAUCCAUGGUUGUAGCAGGUCACUGAUACUCUGCUCCAGCUUGCCUUCCAAUUUAGAUUCUUGUAUCUCAGGUUUAGCAAGGGCCAGCAAGGAUGAAAACACAGGGAAUGCAGGCUAAAUAUUUAGUGGAAGAGAAAGAUUUAUGAGAUCCAGCUGUCUUCCCUAAGACUUGAUGGUUUGCUUUCAAGUGUCAUAUUUAGUAUGUGAUUUUUUUUUUCCCCCCCCUGACCCAAGUAAUCCCAUCUGCUUUUGUACAUAGUGUAGUGCUGAGAGCAUAUUCUGAAAUUAUUUUGAAUGUUAUCCUUCUUAGGGUGCAUCCCAGCAGGAGGGAAUAGGGGGAACCAUUGCUCUGCAAUGCAGUCUGGUGUGGAGUUCAAAGAAUCCAUUCAAGUGCUUUGAGUCUAAAAUGCACUGUUCAAAGGUGGCCUCCAUGAGCUUUGUGCUGUAAAUAAAAUACACUCACUGAAAGGUGGGCUAGGCAGUGGAAAUCAGUAGAAAUAUGGUUUCUCUCUUUAAUAGUAACCGAGUCAAGCACAGAAUAAGGGAUGAAAAAGGUACCUGUGAGGGAAAACAAAGACCUCUUGAGUUCAGGACUGGGCUCUUGGUGCUGUUUUUAUGUACUUGUCCUGCAGCAAAAAUGUCCCUUCCUUGUACACACAACACCAGGGAGAUCUCCUAGUGAGCCUACGUGAUGAGGACACAAAUUAGAGCAAGAACUGAUAAACAGCAGUUCUUAAAGCUCCAUGGGCCUCAGUAAGAUGAAAUGUGUGUUACCUCUGUGUACUUAAUCUCGGGAUUCGUUUUGUUUCUUGUUUUGAAAAUGAAGGAUCAUUUCCCUCGUGAGUAGCUGAUUUCAUGAAAAUGCCUGACAGUUUGCGUGGCAAGAGCUUGCAAAAAGCCAAGAGAGCUGGGGGGAAGCACAGAUGGAAGGCAGUGCUGUCCUUGUUGAUUAAAGGCUAAACAAGAAAGUUAAGCAGACCAAAAGCUGCCUGUGGCAGCCCUGCCUGCUCUAUUUAUAGUCCUUCCCCCUCUUGCUGAAGACUGGCACCUUGCCUCUGCAGCCUGGAGGCUGAAGAGCUGAAGUGUGUUCUAAAUAAAAUCACAGUGC